AUGGUGAGCAAUCCUGCCAAAACGGUAACAAUUUAUGAAAUCCCAAAAUUAGCAGCAAAAGCCAUCCCACCUGCAUUCAAGUUGCAGAACAUUCAAAGGGGAUUUGUAAAACCUGGCAUAUGGCCAUUCAACUCAAACAUUUUCUCCGAUGAGGAUUUCGCUUGUUCUUCUGUAACUGAUCGCUGCUUGCCGGAAGAGGAUAAUGUUCCUACAGAACAAUCGAUUUCAGACCAACCUGUCAUGGAACAGCCUUCAACAGAAAACAAACAGAGUCUAGAGGAUCGUACAAGUUCAAAUUUGAAAGUCACUGGGCCAUCUCAACUGGAAUCUCCAUCUAGAAGCCAGACUAGGGGCACUGUCAAUGUAACACCUGAUUUAGUAAGCCCAUAUCCGAAGGCCGGCCCCAGGAAAUUGCAUGGCAUGAAACGGAAGAGGGGAAAAACUAGAAUAUUGACUGACACACCCGAGAAAAGACUUAUAGAAAUGGAAGAAGAAGAAAGACAAAAAAAAAGUAAGAUCAAAGAGCUCAACAAAAAUCGAAAAUGCUCUAAAAAUAUAGGACAGAAAACAAUUCCGAAGCUUGCUGAUGAAUUUACUUCCAAAGCAAAGAAAAAUAGGAAGAUUAACAGCGAUGAUGAAAUAGAAAAUGUUUCCGUUUCUGACGAAGCCCUUGUUGAAUCGGAAGAAGAUUUUGAUGAAGACGAAGUGAUCGUUCUGGAUAGAAAUUUCCAGAUUAAUAAUUUUGUGUUGGUUAAAUUUGACACCAAAAAACUGUCUAUCAUUAUGUUGGAAUAA